CAGGCCGGCUGCCUAGAGCCUGGCCGGCUUGUUGAACUGUCUGGGACGGCCUUUCCGCGGGCCAGGGGCCACGCCGGUUGCCGUGGGCGGGGCGCGCCGGGAAAAGUUCCGGGAAGGUGCGCCGCUCGCCCGGACCGGGCGCGGAAGUUGGCGGUGUCAGCGCGGCCGCCGGUCGAGGCCCGCGGCUAUGUCCACAGGGGGCGCCGGGUCCGGCGGGCAGGAGGGGGCCGCGCGCGCGGCGGCGGCGCUCUGCGGCCUGUACCAUGAGGCCGGGCAGCGGCUGAGGCGCCUGGAGGACCAGCUGGCCGCUCGGGACGCCCUCAUUGAGCGCCUGCGCGCCCGCCUGGCCGCGGUCGAGGGGGACGCGGCGCCCUCGCUCGUGGACGCGCUGCUGGAGCAGGUGGCGCGCUUCCGGGAGCAGCUCCGGCAACGGGAGGGCGGAGCGGACGAGGCGGCGCUGCGCCAGGAAAUUGAGAGACUUUCAGAGCAACUAGAAGAGAAAGAGAAGGCGGCGCAGCAGCUGAUGAGCCAGCCAGAGCACGAGCGGGAGAAGGAGGUGGCCCAGUUGCGGAGGAGCGUGGCAGAGAAGGAACGUGCCCGGGCUGCCAGCGACAUCCUGUGCCGCUCCUUGGCUGAGGAGACCCAUCAGCUGCGGAGGACUCUGGCCGCCACCGCCCACAUGUGCCAGCAUCUGGCUAAGUGUCUGGAUGAACGACAGCGUGCUCAGGGGGAUGUGGGGGACAAGAGCCCCGAGCCAGAGUGUACAGACACGGCUGCCUCUGUCCAGGCCGUUAUUGAGAAGUUACGGGAAGAAAAUCGACUAUUACGACAGAAGGUGACUCAUGUGGAAGACCUUAAUGCCAAGUGGCAGCGCUACGAUGCCAGCAGGGACGAGUAUGUGCGGGGGCUCCAUGCGCAGAUGCAGGGGCUGCGGGCGCCCCCCGAGCCCGCCAGGCCCUCCUGCCCCGAGCUGAUGAGGAAGGAGAUUUCUAGGCUCAACAGGCAGCUGGAGGAGAAGAUCCGUGUCUGCGUGGACGUGAGGCGGGAGCUGGUGGCCGUGCGGGGGGCGCGUGACGCGGCGCUGGAACGGGUGCAGAUGCUGGAGCAGCAGAUCCUCGCUUACAAGGAUGAUUUCACCUCAGAACGCGCGGACCGAGAGCGGGCCCAGGGCAGGAUUCAGGAGCUUGAGGAAGAGGUGGCCUCCUUGCGGCAGCAGGCAUCCUGGACACAGGAGCGUCGAGAGCCAGGCUCCUGCCGGACUCACAUGGGAAACAGAACUUCCAAGUACUUAGAGGCUGAUGCUCUGGAGCUUGUGGCGCCCAGUGGAUGGAGGGCUGGGACUGGAUCUCAGGGUCUAGACUCCCCUGCUGAGGGCCGGUGCCCAGGGGCGGCCCGGAGAGGACAGGGGGAUCUUCAGUGCCCUCACUGCCUGCGGAGCUUUGGUGACGAGCAAGGCGAGGAGCUCUUCAGGCACGUGGCUGAGUGCUGCCAGUGAGCCCCAUGCCGGGAAAAGGGGAGAGCCCUUGAGAUCUGGGGCCCAGAAUGGGCUGAGGGGGCUUCUGAUCCAUCUUGGUCCUCCCUGGGCAACGGAACAGAAUGGGGACAUCUCCUGGGAGGGGGAGUGGCCCCCCAGCUGCCAGACUGAGGCUGGGAACAGCCAGGAACAGGGGGCCAGCCAAUGCCACCAGCCCGCGCCGCCCACCUGCACCUGGGGCACUGCAGCUGCUGGCAAGAGCGGGCUGCCUGCGGGGAUUGCACGUGUUGGCCCCAGGGUGAAAGGUGGCUUGCCUUGUUGUGUUGAAUAAGGACCAGGAGGUUUGCAGAAGUGAGCAUUGUGGCAGACCUUGCACCUGGGGGCCGGUGUCUGCCACCGAAGAGCCGUGCCUCUGCUCAGUUGUACUGCAGUCGCCUUUGCCACGGAUCUGCAAGUCAGGGGACAUUUCAUAUGCACUUACUUUCAUAAUAAACGUACUUGCCCAGGUGACUGCUCUGCGAGUGCAUCCUGGGGGCUAGGGCGACUUCAGACCAGCUGGUGAGGAGAAACACUCUCGUGUUUGCCACCUGCCAAGGGACAGAGAUGGACUGGCCGGAACCCAGGCAGGCAUGCCUGUCAGGGCCCAUGGGACCUGGGGCCAGCCCAGCUUAGCCUCUGGGCUAGUUCAGCCCCACCCCAGGGUGUGAAGUCAAGGGCUGGAAAUAAGGAAAGGAAGCAGAUAUGACAGUAAGGGGAAGGUAUGGCUGUGUAGGGCCUGUCAGUGGAGCAGGGACAGAAAUGAGAAGGCUGGAGGGGAGACCGACGUGCUGUGCUAAUAAGCGUUUGUUUGCCAGAGUUCAUUCAUUUAACCCUUGUAGCAAUUCCAGGAUGUCAACACAGACAAGGAAAAUGAGGCAUGGAGGGAUUAAUUCACUUGCCCAAGGUCACACAGUGGUUGAGUGACAAAGCUGGGAUUUGAACCCGUGUUUUUAAUUGCACAGUCUGUACUUCUUCCUGGAACUCACCCCUCCGUGUGGUUAAUAAGUUCUCCUCAUGUCAGAAUUCAGAUGUCUCCUCCUCUGGGACUCCCUGUGCACCUGUCUGCUGGAACCCGGCUAGAGGGGAUCCGGCGUCUGUGGCAUGGGGUGGGUAGGCUAUAGCAGAAAAGCCUGUCAGAGCUGGAAGAGUCUGUGGACAUCUGAACACUGGAAAGAGAGGAUGGGGACAUCCCAGAGAGAAGGGAGCCACAAAAGGGGGAACCCUCAAAUCCUUGGCUGACCCGAAGUUGUGUGUGCUUCGAGUAAGACCCCAAGGAUUCUGGGGUGAGAACAGCAGAUGGAAAACAGCUAAACAGGCAUCCCAGUGGCUGAAUAUUACAGGGUGACAGCUUUAAAUCUGGGUCCCUCAAGUUGAGAAGGGCUUGGUAAACACUUUGGGUUUUCCUUUGAAACCCCAGAAGGGCCAUGCCUCAGGAAUAAAGUUGACAUCCCGGGACAAAAUGGAAAUAGCCCUUGCUCUAGGAAGGCAUACGACUCUCAGGUAAUCAACCAACAAAUCAUGUGCCUACUGGACUAAGAACCAACUUUCUUUAGAGACAGGGAGAACCUCGGACCUUGCACUGUACUAACCACAAGUGUAAUAUGCAAGAGAAAAUACUAGAUGGGUGCCUGGCUGGCUCAGUCGCUAGAGCAUACAACUCUUGAUCUUGGGGUUGUGGCUGAACUUAAAAAUAAAAUCUUGGGGCACCUGGGUGCCUCAGUGGGUUAAAGCCUUUGUCUUCGGCUCAGGUCAUGUUCCCAGAGUCCUGGGAUCAAGCCCUGCAUCGGUCUCUCUGCUCAGCGGGAAGCCUGCUUCCAUUCCUCUCUCUCUGCCUGCCCUUCUGCCUACUUGUGAUCUCUGUCAAAUAAAUAAAAAUCUUAAAAAAAAAAAUCUUAAAAAAAUACUAGAUGUAGGAAAAUUAAAAGCAGGAUGAAGGUAUUUUCAGACCAAUACAAGGCAAUUAAACUUAUAUCCAACACUCUACUACAAGAAAUCUGUACUAUAGAAAUGCCUCCAGCUGAAGGGAAGUGAUUCUGGAUAAAAACAAAUACAGAAAGGAACGAAGAUGGGAAUGGGUAGAUAAGGAUUAUCGACUGUUUAAACAGUCCUCUUUCCAGGCCUUUAAAACAUGCCAAUGUGACCACAGGAGCUUUCUAGGUGGCAGAGGGAGUAUUUGAUGACCUUACACAGAAUUUUUUACAUCGACAUAAGGUGGACUGUAAGGCAGUACGGAAGCAUAUUAUAAUCUCUAGAGUAACCACUAAGAUAAUAACACAAAUAUUUAACUAAAAAGUAAACAGAACAGAGAACUGUUUUUAUUAAUCCAAAGCAAGACAAGUUAUGACAACUAAAGGAAUAUGGAAGAGAUGAGACAAACAGAAAACGGAUGGCAAGAGGAUAGACCUAAACCCAACUCUAUCAAUAGUUAACUUAAAUGGAUCAGAUACUGACCGAAAGAUCAUGAUUGUCACGCUGGGUGAAAAUAACGAAGUUCACCCACGUACUUGUUAGCAGAGACAGAAACAUAAGAACAGAGAAUGAAAAGGAUAGAAAAAGACACACCAUGCCGAAGCUAACCAAGAUAAUGGGAAUGUAUGUAGCCACUCCCAGACCUGGACAAACACACAAUCACAGCUGAAGACUGGAACACACCUCUCAGAGAGAAGCAGGAAAAAAGUCAGCAGGGAUACAGAAGAUUUACCCAAAAUACUUAAUCAACUUGGCCUUGUUAGGUCCAACAAAAGUCAACUAGAAUUCUUUUCAGCUCUAUGUGGAACACUUAGCAACAGAGACAAAUCUGUGGGCCAUAAAUCAAGUCACAACCCAAAGAACCAAAUCACUGAAUUUAUGUUCUCUGACCAUGGUCAGAUUAAACCACAACUCAGUAACAGAUAAAUACCAAAUUCUCAAAACAUCUCUAAGUGAUCUGUGCACAAAGGAAAAAAACACAACAGAAAUGAGAAAAUACUCUGAACUGAGUGAAAAUGAGGUUAAAAUUCAGUGAGCUGAGUGCCCAUCAAGAGCUAGGAGAACUGCAUUUUAAACUCAAAGAAAGGAGAGGAGAGAAUAGAAGAGCAGAAAUCAAUGAGAAAGAAAACACAAAAUUCAACAAAGCCAAGAGUUCUUUGGAAUGGCAACACCACUGACAAACCAGUAACAAGACAGGAGGGAAAGAGAGGGGACAAACUCCCGAUAAGCAGGAAUGAAAAGGGGGACGUCACCAUGGAUCUGUAAGAGGAAUACUAUGAACACUUUAUGCUAAUAAAUCUGAGAGGAAAUGAAUAAAAUCCUUGAAAAAUACAACUUAACCAAAAUGGAUACAAGAUACAAAAUUUGAGUAGCUCUGUAGCCAUUAAGUAAACUGAAUCUGUAAUUAAAAAUAUUGUCACAAAAUUAUA